AUGGCGCCUCAUCCCCUUAUCAAUGAACCUGCGCCAGAGUUUUCCGUCCCCGAUGCGAACGGACGCAUGUUCAAGUUCCCCCCUGAAGAACAGGGGGUGCGAGUGAAGAAGCCUAUUGCAUUGUUCUUCUACCCCGGGGCAGGAACGUUCGGUUGCACUCGUGAGGCUUGUCAAUUUCGCGAUGCAUUGGUUGAGAAAGAUAUCUUCAGGCGGACUGGUGUCCAGGUUAUCGGGAUAAGUCCCGAUCCUGUGCCAAAGCAGAAGCAAUUUGCUGAGAGUCAGAACCUUACAUAUCCUGUCUUGAGCGACGAGAAACAUAUUGCCUACCACGCUUUUCAUGUCGGCAAGGGCCUUCUCGGAUUCACCGACGCCAGGACAACUUUUGUCAUCGACAGUGAAGGCAUAAUCAGGGAUUCGUUAUCUGCAACCAUGAAUUACAACGCCCACGUCGGAUUUGUCAUUAAGGCCUUGGGUAAACUGGAGUCCCAA